CUCACUUUUUGCAACUUCUAUAGUGGCGGAGAUAUCGCAGUGUUAUAUGCAGUAUCUCACUUAAUCAUCAACUAUGGCGUUAUCAGUAAUAUCUACCAACACUCAGCUGUGGUAUCCACGACAAUAGUAACAGUUGGGUGAACCAGGAUGUCCUACAAGCCGUUUCCAGAGUUGACCAAAGCCGAUGAGAGCAAAGUCUCCGAGCUUUUGAGCCAAUGGUCGUUGGCCAAUGGAUUGGUGAUGUACCCUCCAAACUUCAAGACAUACAGUGCUGCCAUCGCUCCAACUACGUUGUUCCCUACUCCAUUCCCAAGAUCCGCGUUCCAAAAUGCCGUCGAUGUUCAACAAAGCUUCAAUGAGUUAUAUACAAACUUGGUUGCCAACCACAAGGAAUGGUUGAUCGAGGUGAUUACUCAGCUUUCCCAGCAUGAUGUUGGAUUCACCGGGAAGUUAUUUGAGGCCUACAACAAGGCGGUGGAGGAAAGCCCUAACAAGGAAUUGGUCCAGCCAUUGUCGUUGGGUGUUUUCAGAAAUGAUUUUAUGAUUGAUAAUCAAGAAGCAUCAUCCACCCCAGGAAUCAAACAAAUCGAAUUCAACACUGUAAGUGUGUCAUUUGGGGCACUUUCUACAAAAGUUGGUCAAUUACACAAUUAUCUUAACAAAUUCGGAGUCUAUGGUAAAAACUACUACAGUAAUGAUGAACUUCCUAUUUCAACCUCGAUAGACGAAUUGGCUGACAGCUUAGCUGAAGCUGAUUCACAUUACAAAAAGCAACAAAGUGUGGACGACUCAAUCAUAUUAUUCAUUGUUCAGCCAAAUGAAAGAAACUGUUUCGACCAAAGGCACAUUGAAUACUCCUUGAUAAACAAUCAUAGUAUCAAGUCCGUGAGAUUGACACUUGAGGAAAUAGAAUCUCAAGUGGAAGUUAGAAACUCUGACCAAAAAUUGUUUAUCAAGGCCACAUCUGAAGAAGUUUCAGUGGUUUAUUUUAGAUCUGGAUACGGUCCAUCCGAUUAUGACUUGAACCCGGAAUUGACCUGGAACGCUAGAGUCAUCCUUGAGAAGUCCGCGGCCAUUAAAUGUCCAUCCUUGUUAACUCAGUUAUCGGGUUCUAAAAAAAUACAACAAAUCUUAACCAAGAAGGAAAUUGUCAAGAAGAUUUUACCUAGCAUAACAGAAGAAGAUUUAUCCAAGCUUUUGUCUACUUUCGUUGCUAUAUAUCCAUUAGAUGAUACUGAAGAGGGAAAACUAGCUAAAAAGUUGGCAUUUGAACACCCAGAGAGGUUUGUCUUAAAACCACAAAGAGAAGGAGGGGGAAAUAACAUUUAUAAAGCUAACAUUCCAGGCUUUUUGAAAAGCAUCGAUGAGAAAGAAUGGGAUGCUUACAUUCUUAUGGAAUUGAUCAAUCCACCCACUCACAAAAACAAACUCAUCAGAAACGAUGAGAUCUAUAAUGAAGAUAUAGUUUCAGAACUUGGAAUUUUUGGAACAAUUCUUUUUGAUGAGCAAAAGGGAGGCAUUAUUUCGAACAAAAACGCUGGCUUUCUUCUUAGAUCCAAAUUCAGCUCAAGUGAUGAAGGAGGUGUGGCAGCAGGUUUUGGAUGUGUUGACAAUGUUUACUUAUAUUGAGCUACCUACAUUGUCAGGCACGUGGUGAGCUAUGGUUGUUUCAACAAUUAUGUUUUCAGUUCCGCUUGGAGGUAAGAUUUUCUUUUUCAAUCGUUCAUGCUCUAUAUCAAUCACCCAAAGAGUAGCUCCCACAUUAUUGGUAAACAUAAAGAACACAUUUAUAACCGGUAUAGACUCUAAUAAAAAUGACAUAACACCAAAC